ACUUUAAAAUGGAAAAAUUCUGAUUUGUCUAGCUUGCAAACCUCUAGAGAUUGCUCAAUAUUAUGCAGUAUAUGCAGUCAAGGAAGAAAUAGGUUAUUAAAUAAAAGUAUGAAAAAGGGAACAAGCUCAAAACUGAAAUUUUGCCAAAUAUGUUUCUGUGAAAUUGCUAAAGGUAAACCCCACAAAUGUUCCCCUUUAAAGAGUAGCACAAAUCUUUCUGAGAGUAUUUCUAAAAUUUCUAAAAAAGUAAAAGAACAAGUAGUUUCUAUUUCUAGUAAUUUCUAAAAAAGUAAAAGAACAAGUAGCUUCUUCCCUUCUAAAAGAAAUUUAUUCUGAUCAAGAACCAAGUCCAGGAGCUCAAGCCAUUCUCAGAACAGGUAAAAUAUUGUUAAAUAAAAAUAGCUGUUAUGUACGUUUUUAAAAUAACAGUUUAUAUUAUAUUAAGGAGGUAAAAGUAUUCAUAUUACACUCGGUACUCGGGAAAGUGACCAGAGAAAGAUUCCUUAUAAUGAAGUAGAAGUUUUAGUAAAUACCUUAGGACUUAGUCAAUUGAAGUCAUACGAAAUGUUAAAAACAUUGAGGAGAAGCGGCGUAAAGUUUGAGUCAAACAUAGAGAAAGCCCUGGAUGAAAAAAGUAAACUACUUUCCAACUUUUAUGUCACUGAAUUAUUAGACUUUCAAGAAAAGGAAAAAGAUAAUGACUAUGCUACAGUGAAGAGACACUUGGUAUAUAUUGAAGAUAUUACAACAUUUCUGGAUUUUGUAAUGAAAUAUCGAGGGCAGGUUCCACAAAACACAUUUGUAAAGGUUGGAAUAGAUUCAGGUGGAGGAUCACUGAAAGUUAUAGUAAAUCUGUUUGAUCCAACCAAGGACAGGACAGAAGAUAGCAGCUCCUUAGGAUCAUACUCAGGAGCAAAUACGUCACUUGUUUUAGCUUAUUGUGAAAGGGUAAGUGAGAAUCAUUCUAACAUGACAAUGAUUGUGGAAAAAUUAAAAUUGCAUGAAUGCAAGUACUCAUUGGCUUCUGACAUGAAGUUAAUCAACAUAUUGCUAGGAAUUUCGGCUCAUGGAGGAAAGUAUGCUUGUGCAUGGUGUGAAGGUUCUUCAGAAUUAUUUUCUGGAGAGUUAAGAACAUUUCAAUCUUUGAAUAAUUACUAUGAACUGUAUUCAUCUGCAGGAUCUCCGGUGAAAAGAAUGAAAGAAUAUAAGAAUGUCAUUAAUCCUUGUCUGCUUAAGAUAGAAGACAAAUCUCUAAGUAUAAUAAGAGAGAUUCCAUUACCAGAACUUCACCUUCUGAUGGGAUUCGUUAACCAUGUGGCAGAAUUUAUAAUGCAACUUUGACCUGGAUUUAUAGAUUGGGUCAAAAGCAUUGGAUGCCUUCGAAAAGGUUACCAUGGAGGAACAUUUGAAGGAAACACGUGUAGAGAGAUACUUAAAAGUUGCGACAAACUUGAGUUGAUAAUUCCUGUUGAACUGUAUCCUCUCUUAGAAACAAUGAGAAAAUUUAAUAAGGUUGUUCAUGGUGUCUUUAGCUAUAAACUUGACCCAAACUAUUCAAUUUUAAUUGAAAGUUUUACACAAAGCUAUAAGGAUGCACAAGACUAUUGCAGAGAGGUAAACAGCUCACGGUUACUUGGAAAGUACAUGCUGUAACAGCACAUCUGGAAACAUUUGUUGAUUUGAGUGGCCUUUCCCUUAGGCAGUUUAAUGAGCAGACAUCUGAAUCUUGCCAUUCCAAGAUGAAAAGUGUAAUAAACAGGUUUGGAGUCUCGCAGUACAGCAACAAACAUAAAGAAAGAAGCAAAAGAAUUGCUGAAGUGUUCAGUUCAAAUAAUUUAUAAGUUAUUGAACAUUAAUUGUACAUCAAAACAUAAACAUUAUUGAAAUCUUAAAGUUAAAAAAAUUUGUAAAUUUAUUCAAAAAGACACUAAAAAUACAUUAGUAU